AUGAUACAAGCUAAUCAAGAGAAGAAUAAGAAAGUGGUGAUGAAAAAUAAACAUUUGAAGAAAGCUAACAUCACCACAGGGAAAUGGACUCUUUUAGAGGACACUAAAUUAAAAGAACUUGUGGAGAUUUAUGGAACAAAGAAAUGGGGAAUGAUCGCAAAGAUGGUCGGAGGACGAUUAGGAAAACAAUGCAGAGAGAGGUGGCACAACCAUCUUCGUCCUAACAUCAAGAUGGAUGCUUGGACUAAAGAAGAAGAUCAAAUAUUGAUUGAAGCUCACAAGGUUGUUGGAAACAAAUGGACUGAGAUUGCCCAGCAACUUCCCGGACGAAGUGAAAAUUCUAUUAAGAACCACUGGAAUUCCACAAUACGUCGGAUGAACUUGAUGAAAGCUAAACAAAAUCAUGAAAAUGCAAAUAACAUCCUCGAAAACUACAUUGGGGGUGUCACAAUCAACAAUGAUUCUCUCAAUGCUAUUAAAACUGCUGGUAUAGUAGAAAACACUAAGGAUGAUGAGAAGAGGAAUUUGAGCUUGGGUGUUACAACACAACCCACUGCACUGGUGGUAGAUGAGUCAUCAACAUCAACAUCAGUUACUGUUCCGGAGCUAGCAACAAUUUCAUGGGAUGAUUAUAUCGAUCAACUUUGCGAAUCUGUAGAUGAUCCUCUGAUGUUUAUGCAAGGAUUGGAAAAUGGUCUGACACCAACGGUCACUGUCAAUGGCACGACAAACCCUUAUCCUGAUUUCACCUUCUGGAAACGCCAAGACAGGUUGAUUUUCAGCGGUCUCAUCGGCACUAUCUCAGUCACCAUCCAGCCUCUUGUCUCCAAAGCCAAAACUUCUGCAGACAUAUGGCGGACACUUGCUGAUACAUACGCUAAACCCAGCAGAGGGCACUCCCAGCAACUACGUCUUCAACUCAAAAUCUGGACCAAAGGUACGAAGACCAUCGACGAGUACGUGCAAGGUCUCACCACAAGGUUCGACCAACUGGCAAUUCUGGAAAAACCCAUUGAUGCUGAAGACCAGCUUGAGUACAUUCUCGCCGGGUUACUUAACGACUACAAGGUCAUUGCUGAUCAACUUGAAGGUCGCGAUGUUACACCGUCGAUCACCGAAGUACACGAGAAGCUUCUCAACAAAGAAGCCAAAUUGUUGUAUGUUGCUGCGUAA